CAUCGCGCCGGCUGCGUCAGACGCGCUGAGGCCGGUUGUCAGGGCCGCAGGCGGAGAGCAGCCAUUCCUUCCGGAGCGUGUGUGUGGCGGCGGCGCGGAGACAGCGGCACAGCAGCACAGACAGCGGCAGCAGCAGCCCGGGGGCCGAGCACGGUAACCAUUUGCAGAACUAAUGGAGCUUUGGUAUCUUGUUGCUGCCGUCCUAGCAUCGGUUGUGGCAGUGCCCAUCGACCGGUCAAAGAAGAAAGAUGAGAAGCAGAUCAAACCCGAGUCACCGGACACGGGCUUGUACUACGAUCGCUACCUCCGCGAAGUGAUCGACGUCCUGGAGACUGACACCCACUUCCGUGAGAAGUUGCAGACGGCCAAUGUAGAAGACAUCAAGAGUGGGAAGCUGAGUACAGAGCUGGAUUUUGUCAGUCACCACAUCCGAACCAAGCUGGAUGAGCUGAAGCGGCAGGAGGUGUCCAGGCUGCGGAUGCUGAUCAAGGCAAAGAUGGACGCUGAGCAAGGAGAGAGUGUGCAGAUCGAUCACCUGAACCUACUGAAGCAGAUUGAACACCUGGAUCCGAAGAAUGCCCACACCUUCGAGGCUCGAGACUUGGAGCUGCUGAUCCAAGCGGCCACCAAAGAUCUGGAGCACUACGACCAAGCCCACCACGAGGAGUUCAAACGCUACGAGAUGCUGAAGGAGCACGAGAGGCGGGAGUACCUCAAAUCUCUGGACGAGGAGAAGCGCAACGCGGAGGAGGCUCGGUUCCAGCAGAUGAAGGAGAAACACAAGGAACAUCCAAAGGUCAACGUGCCGGGGAGCCGGGACCAGUUGAAGGAGGUGUGGGAGGAAACGGACGGUCUCGACCCCAACGAGUUCAACCCAAAGACUUUCUUCAAACUGCAUGAUAUUAAUUUAAAAACUUUUUUUGCAUCACGUGAGCUGGAGAAAGUUUACGAUCCCAAAAACGAGGAGGAUGACAUGGUGGAGAUGGAAGAGGAGCGGCUGCGGAUGAGGGAGCAUGUGAUGAAUGAGGUGGACACCGACAAGGAUCGGCUGGUCACCCUGGAGGAAUUCCUGAAAUCCACAGAGAAGAAGGAGUUCCUGGAGCCGGAGGAGUGGGAGACGCUGGACGAGACGCAAAUCUACACGGAGGAGGAGCUGCGUCAGUACGAGCGGGAACUGGCCGAGCAGGAGGCUGAGAUCGCCCACAAGGUGGAGCAGCUGAGGAAGGAGCACGAGGACCUGCAGCGGAGGCAGAGUGAGCUCGACGCCCAGAAGAAGGAAUACCAACAGGCCUUGCAGCAGAUGGAGCAGAAGAAAUCCCAGCAGAAAGACAAAGCCCCCCCUUCUGGUCCCGGAGGAGAGCUGAAAUUCCAGCCCCCUGAAGCAGCGGCAGAUGUCCGAGCUCCGGUCAAUGAACCAGCGCAGGUGCAGCCUGAGGUAGAGCGGCUGGACCAUGCACCUGGACACCAGGCUGACCAUCCACAGCCACCUGGACACCAGGCUGACCAUCCACUGCCACCCAGUCACCAGGCUGACCAUCCACUGCCACCCAGUCACCAGGCUAACCAACCACUGCCACCCGGUCACCAGGCUAACCAACCACUGCCACCUGGUCACCAGGCCGCUCCACCAGCACCGGCCGCCCAUGACCCCGAGGGGAAGCAAGCAGAACAGGCCGUGCCGUUAUAGUGACCUCAAACAUCUGACUGUCCCAUAAAUCACUGUUUCGAAGCAGCAGGAUCAGAUUCUGCUCAAUCAGGGGUAUUCAUCCUGUGUAAGUCUGAGUCAGUCAUACAGAAUAUUUUAUAGUUCACACCUUGCACUGUACCCAUCUUUUGUCCCUGUCGCUCCAGCUUUGAACGUCACAUCACCACGCCUCCCUCUUCUGCUGACUGGGAGCAUAAUCCCACAUUACGCUGGCCGCUGGUCACGGAGGGUUGAGUUGAGAGGAAGCUCCUCGUUGCGUACUGGGCAAAGGGGAAAGCGGGCACGAUUUUUUUUUGUGCUUGAUGACCCGACGCUGUAGUGGAGGACAAGCAGGUGUCCAAGUGCGUGCUAUAGAUGAGCGAUCACAAGCCCAGGCUUUGUUUCCGCAAUGAUGCCCAACCUUGUGUCCCAGGCCGCUGACUCAUCCCGUUUUGGUUUCUCCCAUUUACUUUGAAUGGAUCCCGGUGUGCAAAGGUGUUUCAAUGUUUUAGAAUAUUGCAGAAUGAGUUAAAACCUGUGCCCACAGCAACAGAGAAUAAUAUACAUUAAUGGUGGAAAUUCUACCAAAGGAGCUCGAGCUUCCUGGCCACGUGCUGUCCCUGCUGAGAGCAGCGAGGGAGGAAUUGAGCAUCUGAUUUUUAAAAUAAUGCACUUUUUAAGCAUUCGAUGCAAGGUUGAGAAUUGUGUGUUUUGAUUAAUGAGCAUUUGUGAAAUAAAGGGUGUGACUGGG